AUGUUUAAGGGAUCUGAUCUGAUUCAUGACUACAGUUGUUCCAAGUGUGAGGAAGAUGACUUAAACACUGAAGCCCAGCACUUUUGUCCACAAUGUGACAAUUAUCUAUGUGAUAAUUGUGUGACAAGGCAUGGGAGCUAUUACAAGAAGCAUACAGUGUUUGGACGUGGAGACAUUCAGAAGUGGGCUGGAUUCUCCAUCGAUAGAUGUGACAAACACGGAGACAAGCUAAAUGUCCACUGUGAUGACCACCAGAAAUUGUGUUGCAGUGUCUGUGUGAACCUCGACCACAGGUUAUGUAGCAAAUUCAGUCACCUGGAUGACCUAGCGAGGGGCUUCCUGAACACAGCAGAAUUUAAGCAGCUGCCAGCAGCAUUUGACAAUAUCAGGAGCAAGCUCGAUCAGCUCAUGAAAGCCGGGGAAAAACAAAUCUCACUGAAGGACUCUUACGGGAAAAUCAUUUCUGAAAUCAAGGCUCACCGUAAAGAGAUAAACAUGAUGUUAGACCAGAUUGAGAAAAAGACUGUUCAACAGUUGGAUAGUUUGAUGAAAGACUUAGAGCAGUGUGUGACAGAUGAAUUGGAAACAUGUGCUAAAAUGAAUAAACACCUCAAAGACAUGGUUGACAAGCUAAAUCAGAUUACUGGCAAUCAGAAGAAGACCAAUUCUAACAUUGGAUUUAGAAAAUGUCAAAUUAAGAUAAAGGAAGUAACCAGUGUGAUGCAAGAAAUACAGAGAAGGAAAGUACGCUGA